GAGCAACCUCUUCAUUUCUUUCUGUCUACAGAUUCCAUCAUUUUCUCACUCAAUCUUCUUACUUUCUUUCUUCCUUUUUUUUUUUUUUUUUCUGUCUAGAUUUUAGAUCAAAAUGAGCAAGCAUCAUAAACCCCCAUCAGGCCGCACAAAUUUAGCAUCAUGUAUAGUAGCGACCCUUUUUUUGAUCUUUGUAGUUAUUGUUAUUCUCAUUGUCUUCUUCACUGUGUUUAAACCCAAAGACCCCAAGAUUACUGUUAACGCCGUCCAACUUCCGUCCUUCUCCAUCUCCAACACCACCGUCAACUUCACUUUUUCUCAGUACGUCACCGUCAAGAACCCCAACAAGGCCGCCUUCUCUCACUACGACAGUACAAUUCAGCUCAUCUACUCUGGCUCUCAAGUCGGCUUCAUGUUCAUCCCCGCAGGUAAGAUCGAGGCGGGUCGAACCAAGUACAUGGCUGCAACUUUCGCCGUCCAGUCCUUCCCCAUUUCCAACGCGGCAGCAGUAGCCAGCACGGUGGUGGGUCCUGUCGUAACUGGCGGUAGCGUUGGCGGUGGAGGUUGGCCUAAUAUUAAUGGGUAUCGAGUUGGACCCACGAUGGAGAUUGAAUCCCGAAUGACAAUGGCGGGUCGGGUUCGGCUAUUGCAUGUGUUUACCCAUCACGUUGAGGCCAAAUCUGAGUGCAGGGUUGUAAUUUCUGUGAAUGAUGGAUCUGUAUUAGGGUUUCACUGCUAGUAUAUAUUUCUGUUUUGUUUCUAAUUUUGGAAGUUUUGUAACUUUAAUGUAAUUUUAGGUGAUCUGAUGAAAAAAAAAAUCAAGUGUAAAAAUUGGACUUUCAUUUUCUACUUGAGCAGAGGUUGGUAGGUUCUUGUUCUUCA